CGACACGUUUACGUCAUUUCCGUUAGGGGCGGUGCCUCCCCCAACUCGAGACCCGCGUAAAUUGAAAGCGGCGAUGGUGACUUGGCGCCUUCUUAGGAAUCUUUGCUGAGCCAAGCUCGAGCCUAAUGUCUGGCGCCCUGGCAGCUGGAGAAUAACUGGCAGAAUGGGAAUACAAGGUUUGCUUCAGUUUAUCAAAGAGGCUUCUGAACCCAUCCACAUAAAGAAGUACAAAGGGCAAGUGGUAGCUGUGGAUACAUACUGUUGGCUUCACAAAGGAGCUUUUGCCUGUGCUGAAAAGCUAGCCAAAGGUGAACCUACUGAUCAAUAUGUAGCAUUUUGUAUGAAAUUUGUAAGUAUGCUCCUUUCUUAUGGAAUCAAGCCGGUUCUGGUAUUUGAUGGUUGUACCUUGCCAUCUAAAAAAGAAGUAGAAAAGGCUCGAAGAGAAAGACGUCAGACAAAUCUUCUGAAAGGGAAACAGCUCCUUCGGGAGGGAAAAAUUACAGAAGCCAGGGAAUGUUUUGCCCGUUCUAUCAAUAUCACGCAUAACAUGGCCCACCAAGUAAUUAAAGCUGCACGGUCUCAAGGAGUGGAUUGUAUAGUUGCUCCAUAUGAAGCUGAUGCACAGUUGGCCUACCUCAACAAAACUGGGAUUGUCGAUGCUAUAAUCACAGAGGACUCUGACCUUUUAGCUUUUGGGUGUAAAAAGGUGAUUUUAAAAAUGGACAAGCUAGGAAAUGGAUUGGAAAUUGAUCAGGCUCGACUAGGAAUGUGCAGACAGCUUGGGGAUGUGUUCACGGAAGAAAAAUUUCGUUACAUGUGCAUUCUGUCAGGCUGUGACUAUCUCUCAUCUCUCCAUGGGAUUGGUUUAGCCAAGGCUUGCAAACUACUAAAAAUAGCCAAUAAUCCUGAUAUUAUAAAGGUUAUCAAGAAAAUUGGGCAUUAUCUUAAGAUGAAUAUAACAGUACCAGAAGAAUAUGUCAAAGGAUUUAUUCGAGCCAACAAUACUUUUCUUUAUCAGCUAGUUUUUGAUCCCAUCAAAAGGAAACUUGUUCCUCUUAAUGCCUAUGAAGACGACAUCAAUCCAGAUACACUACAUUAUGCUGGACAAUAUACUGAUGAUACCACUGCCUUUCAAAUUGCACUUGGUAAUAAAGACAUAAAUACAUUGGAACAAAUUGAUAACUAUAACCCAGAUACUGCUACGCUUCACCAAUCAAGAAGUCAAGGGUGGAAUGACAGAGUACCUAGUCAGAAGCCAUUGAAUGUGAAUAGCAUUUGGAAUAGGAACCAUUGCCCUAGGCCUAAAUUAGAUGUUAUUGCAAAUACUACAUGUUUACAGGAAAGAUGUACUACUGCUGGCACUGAGAGAAUUAUUAGUACUAAGGGACUUAAUCUUCCAAAGAAGCAGCUAUUUAUAAAAAGACCAAGAAGUGAGGAACUAUCUGAAGAUGAUCUUUUAUCCCAGUAUUCAUUUUCAAUUACUAAGAAAACAAAGAAAGAGAACUGUGAAGAUAAGAAGCCACAGAAGUUUUCUGAAGCAUUCAUCCCUGACACAGGACAUGAUAUUUCCUGUAAAGAAACCUUGACUACCCAGCCUAAAGUAAGAAACAAAUUUGCAUCCUUUUUGCAGAAGAGAAAUGAAGAAAGUGGUGCUAUUGUGGUUCCGGGGACUAGAAGCAGGUUCUUCUGUAAUUCUGUGGAUGCAGCUGACUUCACGACAAAACACAGAAGCAAUCAACCUAUCUGUGAUACUACUGUCCCAGAUGUACAGGCUGAGCUAAAUGAAUCUGAUGAUGUGGAUGACCAGAAGCCUACUGAUACAGAUGUAGCUCAGAAUUCAGGUGAUCAGAAUAUGGAUAAUAUAAAUGAAGCAUCUGAUCAUGACUCUCUUUCUUCUGAGAAUCAAUUCACAAGGACAAUUUCACCACCCACCUUAGGAACACUAAGAAGUUGCUUUAGUUGGUCAGGAAAUCUGCAGAAUGUUUCAAGGACUCCUAGUCCAUCUACAAGUAUAGUUUUGCAACGGUUUUCAAGAAAAAGUGAACCUUCAACCCCUCUGAUUAACAAUAAUAAUGAAAUGUCCAGUUUGUCUCAAGAAAGCAGUGAUGAUUUAGAUGGUGAAAUAGGCCCCAUUCCUGAAAUGGAAUGUUCUUCACAGUCUCAGGAAAGCUUGGAGCUAUCACAGAACAGUUUGGAUUCCUCAAGGCUCUCUCACCUAUCAAGCAAGGAUUCCGACUCAGAGGAAUCUGACUGUAGUUCCAAGCCAUCUCAUAAUCAGAGGUCACAGCGCUCUCAUUCACAUUUGUCUCUGUUUGCUAAAAGAAAAGACUCAACCCUAGGGAACAAGGUUCUUGGGCUCUCCAAAUCCAGUUCAACGGGAUCUCUUUCUACAAAUAAGAUCAAACCACUAAUCUCAGCUAAAGUCAGUGGACUAAGCAAGAAGCUCACAAGUGCACAGAAGAGAAAUCAUCACAAUGCCGAAAACAAGCCAGGACUACAGAUAAAAAUCAGCGAACUAUGGAAAAAUUUUGAAUUUAAGAAAAAUUCUGAAAAGCUUCCUUCCUGUAAGAAACCAGACCCACUUUCUCCAGUCAAAAAUAAUCUCCAGCUUACUCCAGAAACAGAAGAAGAUAUAUUUAAUAAACCUGAAUGCAGUCAUGUUCAGAGAGCAAUAUUCUAGUCAGUAUAGACUGCUAUCUGGCUGUUGUACUGCUGUGAUACCUUCAUGUAUUGAAAUUGCCUGUUGCGAGAACAGGGAAACUAAUAUGCUAUAAAAUGUACUUAUUACAGGAUAAAAAUGGACAGUUUUGUAUAUGAACUGUACUCUGACUGGAUUUGGUUUUUUUUACCGUUAACUCAAAGAAUAACUUUGUACUUCCAUAAAUUAAAAGAUAAACACAAGUUUUGAAAACCAAAUCCUUACAACUUUUUAAAUCUGUUCUCAAGGGCAUGUCUGGAUUUCCGAGAAAAAAAUGGGUUGGAAAUUACAAUUUGGAGCUAUAUAUGAGGCAGUUCCUUGAUAAAUUUUUUAAUACCUUCAAUUUUUCUUAAUGCAGUUUUCUAAUGAAGAGUAUAGGUAUAACCUUCAAGUACUCUUCAAGGCUUUAAGACUAUUAAAAUUAUCUCUCAGCCUCAGAUGCCUAGUUCAACGUGAAUGCCACAUGUUUGUAUAGCAAAGGAAUAUAGGAGUAGCUGUAUAAUUAGAGACUUGAAGGUAAUCCAGGAAGAAGGGAAGGACAAAAAUAUCUGAGAGAUCACAAGUUGAUGGAAUUUUGUAUAUGAUUGAUUAUAAAGAAUGAUAUAUUUUGAGUCAGCAAACUUCAGUUUGAACACCCACCUGACCUAGAACAAUUCAUGCGGCUACUUUCAUCCUCCUUUCUUAAUUCAUAAAACAAGGUGGUUGGAUCAAAUUCUCUUAAAGGCCCCUUCCAAUCUAAGUCCUAUGAACAAAAAGGAAUUGGACUUUUAGAAAAUAACUACCAUGAAGUGAAAUAUAACAUUGUAUCUAGUCUGUAUUUAAUUUUUUUUAAUAGCUCUAUCCUUUAAAAAAUGUUUUUUAUUUGGCUCCAGAAGUUUUCUCCAUGACAAAGGGUUUUUGUUUGUUUGUUUUGGAGACUUUUUAAUUAAAAGCCAUGAAGAUGGAAUACUUCUCUGAUUUUAGUUCAUUGGAGGCAGGCAUAAUGUAAUAGAAUACAGGAAAACUUAAAAGAGUGAGGAGAACCCUCAGUUCAAAUCCUGGCUCUGACCUUUACUAUUUCUAUAACCUUGUACAAGUCACUUAGUACUUCGGAACAUGUUUCAUCAUCUGGAAUAUGGGGAGAAUGACAUAUGUCAUAACCUUGCAGGGUUGUUGGGAGGAAAGUACUUUGUAAAGCUAUUAAAUCAGAAUUUGUUAUUUAAAGGGAAAUCUCCAGAAUAAAAUAAUCUUUUCCAGAAAA